AUGAGUCACAGCUCUAUGGAGUAAAGGAAUGGACAAUUAUUAGUGAUGACAAUCCAAAUAGACGAUAAGCGAAGUGGAAGAAUAGACGUAUUCGAGGGAGAUGAUCCUGAAAUACUGGCACGAGAUUUUUGCAUUAAAUAUAGCCUAAAUCAAAGAGUGGCACCAUUACUUAUAGAUAAUAUUCAAAAGCAAAUCUCAAUAGCACACAAGGAACGCAUGAACAUGGUUCAAUACUUAUCUCAAAAGAAGUAGAACCAAAGAGCAACUGAGUAAUCUAGUGAAAUGCAAACUUAGCAACAAGGCUCUUCUCCGAUUAUUGCCUAAUCUCAAUAGUCUCCAAUGAAACAAGAAAGCAUAAGCUAAACUGUAUAUGACAGACUAUAUCAAGACGCUCAUAAUAAAAAGCUGAAAAGACAAUUGCAAUUAUCUGAAAACAAGUCUAGUAGUUAGAUUAUGAAGUCUCAAGAGUCAGAAGUGAAUUAUGGUUUGAUCCUCUAUUAAAAGGGAAUUCAAAAAAAAGAAGAGAAAUUGCAAAAGGCUGAAAGUGCAAGAAAAGAUUUACAAAAGUCUUAACUAGUUGAAUGUACUCAUAAACCUCAAAUUAAUUCUCUUUCAUCUAAAAUAGCCUAGCGUUCUCCUAAACCGGUUGGGGAACAUUUAAAUGAAUUAGCAAAGGUAAUACAGGAGAAAAGAGAGAAUGCCUAAAAUUAUAAGUUGGAAAUGGAAUAACAAAGUUGCUCCUUUCAUCCUUAAAUUAAUAGAGUUUCUUCCUCAAUAGUUGAUGAGAAAAAGAAAUAAUCUUAAAUUGCAAUUCCCCAUUACGAAUCACUAUAUCAGGAUAUGGAUGUGAAGCAACAAAAAAUAAAUGAAUUAGACAGAAAUUAUUUUGCUUAGAAGCACACAUUUCAUCCUAAAAUAGAUUAAAUAUCUGAACAAUUAGUUUAAGGUCUAAGUUUUGAAGAAAGAAGAUAAAAGUUUAGAAAUAAAUCCAAAGAACGGAACUCUAGUGCUGAUGAGAGCAAUAUGUUUAGACCCAGAACAGGUAGACCACCUGAGUAAAGGCCAGAAAAUUUGUUUGAUAAUCUUUAUAAAGAUGCAUAAUUAUUAGCCUAAAAAAGGGCAGCAAUAGAAACUGUUAGUAAGGAGAAGAUGAUGACUUAAUCGAAAGUGAGAGCAAGUUAAAAAUCAGAAUUUUUAACACAGUAAGCCGUGAUUAAUUCUCUUUCUAAUAUUUUCGAUUAGAUUGACAACGAUAAUGAUGGUGAAAUAGAUGCAAUCAGAAUAAAUUUAGGAAAUCUGAAUUAGACUGUUAUUCAAAUACUCUAGCCAUUAAUUUCUGAAAUGGAAGAAGGUAGACAUGUUCUUACAAAGAGUGAAUUCAUCGAAUCAGCAAUGAGAUUAGUUUUCACGCUUUCAAACAAGGAAAAACAUGAUUUAUUGAAAAAGCCUAGUGCUAAAAAGUCUAAUGUUCCAACUUAUUCUUUUCAUGUGUAACAUUUUAAUUAAUUUUUAGCCAUCAAUCAAUUAAAGACCAUAAAAAAGUUCUGGAUCAAAAAACAGAUGAAUGCUCGCAUUGUUUUAUUUAUUUGA